AUGUCGCACUCAAAACUCGAAAUCACAAUCUACUGCAUGGAAUCAGACCUCGUCGAAGCAACUCAAUUCGCCGAAUCCUUCUGGCAAUCCGGCCACCUCCACGCCUCGAAAUCGCAAUUCCAAACCCACCUCACCACCCCCCACACACCCAACUACGUCGCGGCCAUGAAAACAAUCAGCAACAUCCUAACAGAGAAACUCCCUGUUGAACUCACAACCUUCAUCUUCGAAGCCCUGAUCGCAGACCCAAGAGGGCCGGCGCACACUAUAAAUGUAACGCAUAUUUCUGUGAUCCCGCUCGAGACCGCCGAGACGCCGAUACGUAUCUAUGAUUCCACCGGACAGGCGCUCAAGGCACCAGCGCUGUUGCCGGAUUGGUUACUGAGAUUGCAUCAGAGUGAUCCCAGGACGGUGUGGGCGCCAGAUGCGAUUCCAAGACCACCCGAGCAGUUGGUGGUUGCGCUGUGGAUGACGGAUCGCGAGGGCAUGUUUGGGGAUGCGGUGUGGCCGGCGAAGGGGAGACGGGGGCCGACGGUGGGUAUGGCGGUGGGCAUGGAGAGGGGGGAACGGGUUUUGGAGGGGGAGGUUGCGAGGAGGUGUGCGAGGCAUUUGGAGGGGAAUGCGGUGGAUUAUUUGGGGAGGGGGGAGAGGGGGAGGAGGGUGUUUGACCCGUGGGCUGAGGUUGAUGAGGGUGGGGUCAGAGGGGAAUUCGAGGGGUAUGUUGAGGUUGGAAAAGGGGGGGAGGAUGAGGUGAGAGGGGUUUGUAGGGGGAUUAUGAGGGGGGUGGGGUGGGUUUGGAGGGAGCUGGAUGGGUUACGUCGGGAGGUGAGGCAGGAGGAGGCGAGGGACCUGGAGGUUGUCAAGAGUUGUGUGAGGGUCUUGAAAGGGUUCGAGGUUAUUGGAGAUUUAGAAUGGAAGAGCGAGGUACUAGAUAUAAUGGAUUUGCUUAGGGAGAACUCGGAGUUGGAUGGGACCGGUAUUUUCCAUGCUGUCGCGAAAAGAGUUGGAAGGGCGAGGUUGAAUUCGUAUAUAGAUGAGUGGACGAAGUUUGAGAGGAGACCGCUGCGGAUUCGGAGGGCUUGA